GUUUCCAUUAUACAUCCCUUUUAUCUUUCAACAAAUCCUUAUACCCUUUUAUCUCAAAAUCUAUUUCUUCAAUUUUUUCAAGUUGAAAUUGAAGAUGGAUCCAAAUCAAGUAGGAGACAUAAUUUUUAAAUCGAAACUCCCUGAUAUUAUCAUCCCUAAUCAUCUUCCUUUACAUACUUAUUGCUUCCAAAACAUUUCACAAUUCAAUAAUCGUCCAUGUUUGAUCAAUGGAUCCAAUGAUCAAAUUUACACAUAUGCUGAUGUUGAGCUCACUUCAAGAAAAGUUGCAAUUGGUCUUAACAAGUUAGGGAUUCAACAAAAGGAUACAAUAAUGAUCCUCUUGCCUAAUUCACCUGAAUUUGUAUUCACCUUCUUAGGUGCAUCAUAUAUUGGAGCUAUUUCCACAAUGGCAAACCCUUUGUUUACACAAGUAGAGGUGAUGAAACAAGCCAAAGCCUCAAAUGCCAAGCUUAUUAUCACACAAGAAUGUAAUUUCAACAAAGUGAAGGACUAUGCAUUUGAGAAUGAUGUGAAGGUCAUUUGCAUUGAUGGCCACUCAUCGUCUGAGGGCUACUUACAUUUCUCAGACCUGAUUUCAAAUUCUGGAUUCACCUCUAAACAUGACCACCAGCCUGAGGUGGAAAUCCAUCCGGAUGAUGUGGUGGCAUUACCAUACUCAUCGGGGACCACGGGGCUACCAAAAGGGGUCAUGUUGACAAACAAGGGACUAGUCACUAGUGUGGCACAACAAGUUGAUGGUGAAAAUCCAACUUUGUUUUUUCAUAGUGAAGAUGUGAUACUUUGUAUCUCGCCUUUAUUUCACAUUUAUGCCUUGGAUUCUGUCCUACUUUGUGGAUUAAGAGUUGGAGCAACAAUCUUGCUUAUGAAGAAAUUUGAUGUUGUUACAUGCUUGGAAUUGGUACAAAAGUACAAAGUCACAAUUGGACCUUUUGUACCACCUAUAAUUUUGGCUAUUGCUAAAAGUCAAGUAGUUGAUAAUUAUGACCUUUCAUCAGUAAGGAUAGUCAUUUCUGGGGCAGCACCAUUAGGAAAGAAGCUUGAAGAGGUAGUUGGAAUCAAAUUUCCUAAUGCUAAACUUGGUCAGGGUUAUGGAAUGACGGAAGCCGGUGCACCGAUAACAAUGUGCUUAGCAUUCGCAAAAGAACCUUUUGAGAUAAAAUCAGGGGCAUGUGGCACAGUAAUAAGGAAUGCUGAGAUGAAAAUUGUGGAUCCAGACACUGGUAUUUCUCUUCCGCGAAAUAAACCAGGAGAAAUUUGCAUUAGAGGUGACCAAAUUAUGAAAGGUUAUUUAAAUGAUCCUGAGGCAACUAAAAGAACAAUAGAUAAACAAGGAUGGUUACAUAGUGGUGAUAUAGGCUAUAUUGACGAUGAUGAUGAGCUCUUUAUUGUGGAUCGAUUAAAGGAAUUGAUAAAAUAUAAAGGAUUUCAAGUAGCACCUGCUGAGCUUGAAGCACUUCUUCUUAAUCUUUCUAGUAUUUCAGAUACUGCUGUUGUAUCCAUGAAAGAUGAGCAAGCAGGGGAAGUUCCAGUGGCUUUUGUUGUUAGAUCAAAUGGAUCCACCAUUACUGAGGAUGAAAUCAAGGAUUUUAUCUCUAAGCAGGUGAUAUUUUAUAAGAGAAUAAAGAGGAUAUUUUUUGUGGAUGUGAUUCCUAAAUCUCCAUCAGGCAAAAUACUUCGAAAAGAUUUAAGAGCAAGACUGGCUGCUGAGCUUCCUAAUUAACAUCUUGGUCUUUGGGGCCAAUUAUGUCUUAUAUUACAUUAGUCUUUAUAUAAAAAAAAGUUAGUCAGUCAUCAAAUUAUUUAAAUUUUGCGCAAUUUUUAUAUUUAGUAAAUAUAAAAAUUAUAUUUAUAUAUUAUAAUUAUAACUUGUAUAAUUGCGUUCCAUAAUAAACAUUAUGUUUGUUAUGA